AUGUCUACGCCAACUACAUCGACCUCGAAGAAGCGCAUCUACCUCAACUUCUUUGACCAUGGCUGCACGGGCUCUCAUAUGUCUCCUGGUCAGUGGCGAGGUGAGGGCGACCAAGGGACAACAAAAGACACACUGAGUUAUUGGAUCAACCUUGCCAAGCUCGCUGAAAAGGGCAAGAUCUCAUUCAUUUUCCUCGCGGACAGUUACAACACCCAUGACAUAUAUGGAGGGAGUUCUGAUUACAUGCUGCGAGCUGGGGCUCAUACAGCCACUCUCGACCCUUUCACUCUCAUACCUGCAAUGGCGGCGGCGACCAAGACUGUUGGCUUUGGUGUCACUGCAAGCACUAGCUACAUGACUCCAUACGCGCUGGCAAGGACUUUCUCAUCACUGGAUCAUCUCACGAAUGGCCGUGUUGCCUGGAAUGUCGUUACCAGCUGGAGUAAAAGCGCCGCCCAAGCUCUCGGCCACGAUGAUGUCGUCCCUCACGAUGAGCGAUACGCAGUCGCGGAUGAAUUCAUGGAUAUCAUGUACAAAUUUUGGGAGAGUUCAUGGGCAGAUGGCUCUGCAAUCUUCGACAAGGCAACACGCACGGCCUUUGACCCAGCAAAAGUGAAAAAGAUUGAGCACAAGGGGAAAUACUUGAGUGCGUCUGCUCUCGGUCCUCUUCACCCUUCUCCUCAGCGCACUCCGGUGAUAUUCCAAGCCGGGACCUCCAAGGCAGGUAGUGCAUUCGCCGCAAAACAUGCCGAGGCAAUCUACGUUGGGGGCCUGGUUCCUGCGCAGACCAAAGGUUCGAUUGCGUCCAUCCGAGCUGCCGCGGCCGCAAGAGGUCGAGACCCCAAGUCGCUCAAGUUCUUUGUCGGAAUUUCCUGCAUACUGGGCCAAACUAACGAAGAGGCCCAAGCCAAAUAUGAAGUCGCCAAGGAGAAUGCGGAUAUAGUGGGCGGACUUGCACAAUUCUCUGGAUAUACUGGAAUUGACUUGGCUCGCUUUCCAUUAGAUGAUGUAUUUGAGCUCAAGGAUGCACCCGGUGAUGCAGCUGUGCAUACCUUUUUGGAGAACUUCAACAAGGCCACAGGCAGUAGCGAGCCAUGGACCCCUCGGAAGCUUGGAGAGAAAAUGGCACUGGGAGGUUUUCAUCCUCUUCCCAUUGGCACGCCCGAGGUCGUCGCGGACGAGUUUGAACGUUGGAUUGACGAGGCGGACGUAGAUGGCUUCAACAUUGCCUACAUCACAACACCAGGCAGCCAGGAAGACGUUGUCGAACUUCUUGUACCUGAGUUGAUGAGGCGAGGACUGAUGUGGGAAGAUUAUGAAGUUGAGGGCGGCAGCUUGAGAGAGAACCUUUAUUCGAAUCCAGGACAAAAGGAAUUGCCAGAGGAUCACUAUGGGCACAAAUUCAAGUGGGGAUCUGGCUUUGAGGGCGAGUCGAUUGAGAAGUUGAGGGCGGCCCACGCAGCGCAAGAUCCCACCAAUGUUGAAUAG